UUGACGUCUGAGCAGUUGGGCGGCGGAAGUUGCUUGCUCAUCAUAUACUCUUAAACAUGGCUCUUGCUAGUGUGUUAAACAGUGAUUGUGCGGAUUUUUCAUAUAAUAUUUGCCAACCUCUGAGUUUGGGUCACGAGGCCGAAUACAGCGGUGCGGGAUUCGAGGCUACUCCGGGCGACGGCCUCUGCUUUUCCCUGAGAAACCCGCUGUGUGCCGUGGAGGAGGAUGGCGUCGAGAAGAAAAUAGAGUUCCUCCACGGAACUACCACGUUAGCUUUUAAAUUCCAGCAUGGAGUUAUUGUUGCUGUGGACUCCCGGGCCACGGCGGGCUCAUACAUCGCCUCGCAGACGGUGAAGAAAGUGAUUGAGAUCAACCCGUACCUGCUGGGCACCAUGGCCGGAGGAGCUGCAGACUGCAGCUUCUGGGAGCGCCUGCUGGCCCGCCAGUGUCGCAUCUAUGAGCUUCGCAACAAGGAGCGGAUCUCCGUGGCAGCAGCGUCCAAGCUGCUUGCCAACAUGGUGUACCAGUACAAGGGGAUGGGACUCAGCAUGGGAACCAUGGUGUGUGGCUGGGACAAGAGAGGCCCAGGAUUGUACUACGUCGACUCCGAGGGCAACCGGGUGUGCGGCGAUUUGUUCGCGGUGGGCUCCGGCUCCAUGUACGCCUACGGCGUGAUGGACAGCGGCCUGCGGCACGACCUGACCGUGGAGGAGGCCUGCGAGCUGGGCCGCCGCGCCAUCUACCAGGCCACGUACCGGGACGCCUACAGCGGAGGGCAGGUCAACCUGUAUCACGUCCACAGCGAGGGCUGGACCAGGGUCUCCCAGGAAGACGUGCUCCUGCUGCACCAGCAGUACAAAGAUCAGGCGUAGCCGACGGGAGUCAGGAGAGCGAGGGGAAACGGGAGAGCGGGGUGGGUGGGUGGGUGCAGGAGUUCAUUCUGAUUCUGUUACUCUAGUCUGUUCUGUAAUGUCACUACAUUUUGACACAUAAUAAAAAGGAUUCAUCUGCCCAUUGA